AUGAACGUAGCCUAGAACAAUUAAUAUGCCUGUAACAAGCCCCUUUGGAGGCCACAUGCAAAGGCUUUUUGUGUUCGUCACAGGGCCCCUGGUUGACACUGUGGGAACCUUUACUUCCCUGUGAACAGAAAGAGGAUUAAUUUGAGCUUUUAAGAUUGAAAGCUGCUGGGAGUAAGAAGUAACCCUUCUGAAGACAUGAUUUCCAGGAAAGUGGUGGGAUCUUUUGUCUGUAUGCUUGUUGUUACCGUGUUUAUCUGGGUUAUGGCUUGGAAGAGAAAAGUGCACUACCUCCCAUAUUAUCUGCCUUGCCCUGAAAUCUUCUCCAUGAAACUUCAAUAUACAGAAGAAAAGUUAAUCCAACUUUUCCCACAAUUAUUUUAUCAGCAGCCAAGAGUGCUGGCUCCAAAGCGUCAGGAUGUGCUGACAGUCACACCAUGGCUGGCCCCCAUUGUCUGGGAAGGAACCUUCAAUUCUGAGAUCUACAGGCCACUGAAUCUCACCAUAGGGGAGACAGCCUUCACCACUGGAAAAUACACAAGGUUUGUGGGCCACUUCUUGGAGUCAGCAGAGAAGCAUUUCAUGAAAGGCUAUCGGGUGAACUAUUAUAUCUUCACUGACAACCCCAAGACAAUUCCCAAUGUCCAGCUGCAACCUGGACGAAGGCUUGUCAUUGUCCCCAUCAAGAAAUACCCCAGCUGGCAAGAGAUCUCCAUGCGCAGGAUGGAGGCCAUAAACAAGCACAUAGCUGAGAUGAGCCACCAGGAGUUGGACUACCUCUUCUGCCUGGACAUUGAUAUGGUGUUGUACAACGCCUGGCCUGAAACCCUGGGUGAUACAGUGGCAGCCAUACACCCUGGUUAUUUCAAUGUCCCUCGAAGCCAGUUCCCUUAUGAGAGGAGGAGAUCUUCAGCAGGCUACAUCCCUGAUGGAGAAGGGGACUUCUACUAUGGAGGAGCUGUGUUUGGAGGGCUGGUCCAGAAAGUCUAUGAGCUCACCAAGACUUGCCACAUGACCAUCCUGACGGACAAAGCCAAUGGGAUCAUGGCAGCCUGGCAGGAAGAAAGUCAUCUCAAUAGGCACUUCAUCUCCCACAAACCCUCCAAGGUGCUUUCUCCAGAGUAUUUAUGGGAUGACAGGAAACCAAAACCCCCUGAAAUUCACCUCAUACGUUUUUCCACAGUGGAUAAGAACUACAAAGAGAUACGAGCUUGACCAUCUGAUCCCUGCAGAGACGUCCUCCACACAAUCAAACCCACUGAAUAUUAGCUUCCACAGAACAUGCCCCACCAUCAAUUUUUGUUCCCAGUGUGAACAAACUGAGCAAGGAACCUGUGGGUAGUUUCUGUGGACAACAGGAGUCUUAAUGCAUUUUGGAAGCAGCAGCCAAAGUGGAGGUGAGAAUGAAAAGGUUUCUAGAUUCCUAAUCUUUGUAAAUACAAGCAUCCCACUUAAGGCUGCAGCCCGCAAAAAGCCAUGCAAAAGGCCAGUUAUCAAAUGCGAGGCUGUCCUUAUAGCAAGGCUGCAGAUGCUUUUGCCUGAGCAUUUUCCUGAGGCCUAGCAAGAUGAAAACGGUAUUUGACAUUCCUGUGAAGAUGACCUAGAGUUUUAGUAAAGACUUUUUCACUUAAAAAAAAAAAAUGGACUUCGCAGGGCAAUAAAUUUUUGUGCAUUGUGACUUAAACUCACACCCUUUAUCAGGAUCAGGAGGAAACUUGUGCCCAGAGUAAGUUAUCCCUGAUCAGUGUGCAGCAGGAUUUCUUGGACCUUCCUAGCAGGGAGCUGGUGCAAGCCAUUGCCAGUAAGAAUUCUGGUCUGACAGGACAAAUAGUGUGAAUUCAUACAGCAGUUAUCUUCCAAAUUCCAAUCUGUGUUUUGGAGACCCAAGUUUAGACAGAACUGGCACAGCUUAGACCUAGCCUGAACUUUUUUGGGUUUAUUUCAAUCACAGAUGUGCUCUGAACCUUUUCCCUGAUACAUGUCUCUGUAGAUCAAGUAAUCUUUUCCAACACAGAAAAUCUGGUAUUGAGAGGUUCAUGUUCCCAUCCAUUGCUUCAAUCCUUUCCAACUUUUCUAAGCUCUGUAAAAUAAAUUGGCUAGAAGCUGCUGGAACUGACAGUAAGAGCUGAUGCAUUUCCAACAAACAGGAUGAUUUAAUUUUAUAAUGAAAUGCUCUAGUGAAACUGUGAGUUCAGUGUAGAGCUGGAAGUAGGCUGGGGUUAACAUUUUCUUUGCAUGAAUGUGAUGAGAAGCUGAACCAGGCAUUUUACAUCCUUUAAAGCCUGACAGCUCACUCGGGUGAAUGGGGAGGGGGGGUUUCAAACACAGGAGAACAGCCAUGGCUUGCCAACGACGACUGCAUAAUUGUCAACUGAGGUCACAGCAUGGAGGUUCGUGUGUCACCUCCCUUGCUGCAGCAUGUCUGCCAUAAAAUCUUCUCCAUUACCUCCCGAGGCGUGCUACCACAGGGCUUUGCAAGUCUGUGCCAUGCUCAUUUAACGUGAGCAGGGAGAGAGACCACAGGAGCAGCAGAGGACAGUGGUGCUGUACAACGUGGAAAGGAGAAGCAGGGGUGAAAGGGCUAAGCUGACUGUUUCUAAGGGAACAGCUUAAAAAAAAAAAAAAAAAAAAAGGAAAAGAAAAGAAAAAAAGGCUUAUUUGGCAGAGAGAGAGAAAAGGGGGAAGAGGUGCCUGACUGUUCUUGCUUCUUUUCACAUGAGGAAAUUGCUGUAUGGCAGUGUAUCAAGUAUUCAGAGCUUUAGGGCCCCAUCACUGAUUGCAGAUGACUUAACGAGCCAUUUCAGUCCUGUGUGAGCUGGCUGAAAAUGGCACUUGCCAGUGUCAUUGUAGGCAUUUCGUCUUCCAGACAACUAAUUAGAAAAGCUUUCACAGUACCCAUAAUAUAAAUAAGGUACACAGAAUACCUUCAGCCCAAAACCCCUAGUGGCAGUUGGAUCUGUUGAUUCAUGCUUUAUCCAGCAAAAGGUCUACCCUAUUAUAUUUUCUCCAUGUUCUUAGUAAUGUGGUGCUGCAGGAAGACACCCCACUGCAUAACUAAACCAGAACUGAAUCCCCUGUGAAGAUGUCUGUCUGGUAACCGGGCGCCUCAUCUAAGCCAAAAGGGUGAAGAAAGAUCCUUAUCUAAAUAUUUCCCAAAAGAUGUAUUCCCUCCAAACCCAGGAAUAAUACUGUAUAUUUCUUAUUUGGAAAGCAGUUAAGUGUCCAAAAGCCAUGACUGAAACUAGGGUCUCAUUAUGCUAGCUGCUAUAUAUAUGCAUAUGGAUUCUUUUACAAGCCAGAAGGAACUGCCUAGUCAGAGCUGCACAGGACAAGCCAGAUAAUUCUAUCUCCCGAUAUCAGUAUCAAGCUCACAAUACAUGGCUGGACUGGGCUAGAUCUCUUAGAAAAGCAUUCAGAUCCAAUAAAAACAUGGAGUGAUGUAGCAGCCACAUAUCCAUAGAUCAGCUGUGCCAAUGGCUAAUUGCCUUUGUGCCUUAAUUCUGCUCUAAAUUGGUCUGUGUUUGUAGGCAUUGGGCUUCAUUCUGCCAUACUAAAUUACAUGAAUUCCCAUGUGGAUACUCAUAGCCUAUACUAAAUCCACUAUGAGACGACGUUCUCCAGCACAAAUGAUGUGUGACCGAGGGCAGUCUGUGUUUCUGGGGUUCCUGUUCUGAAAUACUUUUAUAAUAGACUUGCUCUCCAGCUCUGCUUCCGAGCCACCUUUUGGCCAAAUCCAGGACCCCGUGACCCCGUGAUUGACACAGUAAUGGCCUGAUUUGUGCAGUGUGAAACAUAUUUAUCUUCCUGGCAGGCCCGCGGCUUCUCCCCAGGGGAAGGUCUUGUGUCACAUGUUACGUGACACAGUUCUGCUUGACAGGGCUGUGAUUUGAAGCAGUACCUAGAAACUCCCUGUGUCUCCAGAAACACACUCCCCAGUGCAGUGUGGGAGAUGCUCCCUGAAUCAGCUCGUGCCCUCCUCUAAUUAACGAAAGCCUGGGCUUUUGUAGUCAUCUCCUGCUGAUUAAUCCCCUUCCCCCAACACCAGCAGCAAGCUUUCUCAUUUGGAGUGUGCAGCCUGAGGCUUGUGGGCAGUGUGGGAGCUUCACAAGGACCUACUUUCUGAUCUGAAUUCCCCACCAACAUCCAUUGCUCAGUGGGGAAACUGAGGCACAGGGUAACAAGGCAUCAGAGCGACACUCUUGCAUGUGAGGUCUUCCUCCAUUCGCCACAGGGGACAACACUGUCUUGCCUGUCCUUGUGCCAAAGGAAUUUGGAUGUGGAAACACGCACGCAGUACUGCAUGAAAAGUGAAUCACCACAUGUAAAUAAAUCAUCAGCCGAUUUA